AUGGGGAAUAGACAACUUGACAAUGCUCAUCCAGACAUACCACAUUCAAUCCGAAUACCAAAGGAAUGUACAAUCGUCAAAGACAACAUAACAGAUAACGUUUUCCAAAACCUGCAGGAUCCAAGGAUUCUAACAAACACUGUCAUCCUUACUCCCACAAAUGACCACGCUCUUCGGAUGAAUGAUACCAUAACACGAAAACUACCUGGCACACCCAAAACUUACGCAAGUGCAGACAGAGUCAUCUGUAAAGACGAAGAGGAAGCACAACAGUACCCACUAGAAUUCUUGAACUCUCUCACACCCACAGGCAUGCCACCCCAUCGUCUCAUCCUCAAACCUGGGGUCAUUGUAAUGCUCCUGCGCAACCUGGACAUAAGAAGAGGAUUAUGCAACGGAACAAGACUAAUUGUGCGGCAACUUCACACACAUGUUAUUGAUGCAGAAAUCCUCACUGGCGCAAACAAGGGUGACUAUGUACUGAUCCCAAGAAUCAAACUCGCUCCCUCGGAUGUCAACUUGCCCUUCAUUCUCGAAAGAACUCAAUUCCCACUCAAGGUCAGUUACUGCAUGACAAUAAACAAAGCGCAAGGACAGACCUUUGACAAGCUCGGUAUCUUCCUUCCGCAGUCAGUUUUCAUUCACGAACAACUAUAG